UGCGCAUUUCACAAAGUGCGAUGAAAAAGCCCAUGACGAUGGAGACCCUUUGUCCGUCCAGGCUGAUGGUGUCAUUAAUAAGGUCCCCAGCAAGUCAAAGCAUCACCAUCGUUGUCUUAUCUCAGGGCAACUUCUCGCGUGCCUAUUGUUGACCUUCAAAGUUACGCCUCUGACGCCUAGGACACCGUAACAGUGACGUCGGCUUCCUUUCCUGCAACAAAAUACCUUGACGGACGCCAUGAGCAAAAGUAGCUCUUGAGACGACUGGCAGAUACUCUCAAUUUGAGGUCUGCAUUUCUCCCUACUUCAGCCUUCUCCAAAGUCACCCCAUAUGAUCUCCUCCUCAACUCGCAGUCGCCUCCUACAAUCCGGACAAAUACUACGGCCGACAAGUAGCCUAAUCACCGGUACCCGCGCCUGUUCUACCAAGCACACCUGUAAAUCCUCACUGCGACCAUCUCCCACCGCGCAUUCAGUUGUCUCUCAACCAAGAAACUUCUCAGUCAUGCCGGAACAACGGGAGGCUCACCAGUACCAAGCUGGUAACAGCACAGACCGGGAGAAAGACGAGUGGAAAUUCCGCGAGCCAUACCGUAUCCACGAGGACAAUGACAAGUUCGACGUCAAAUGGGAGGGACAGUGCCACUGUGGAAGAGUCAAGUAUCAACUUAGUCGGGACAAGCCCCUGGCUGCGAAGUACUGUCAUUGCACAACUUGCCAGCGAUUACAUGGUGCUCCAUUUCAGUGGGCGGCCAUCUUUCACAAGUCUGACAUCAACUUCACCAACGGCCAUCACGAUCUGGGUUGGUAUGAUCCAACGAACAAAGACACCUCCCAUCAUCUGCCAUGCAAAGUAUCCUGCGCCUACUGUCGAUCCCCGAUCAUGGACGAAGGUCGAAACAUGAUCCUGCUCUUCCCGCCCCUGAUCAAGGGUAUCAACACCAAGGAAGGCAGAGAGGCUUUCAGGCCCACCUGCCACAUGUUCUAUCCUCAACGCGUUGCCGAGUUCCGCGGGGACGGCAUCGUCAAGUGGAAGGGCUUGGACAAUCUGAGCGAUCUGAUUGAUGAUGACGAGAAUGUUCUGGUCAAGUAUGAAAAGGGUAUGGAGGACAAGGAUAUGGAUGCGAAGAAGCGGAAGCACAUCGACCUCAACGAGCGAGAGGAGGUGCAAGGCAAAAAGAAUGGGUCUUGAGCGUCCAAAAGCCUUGUAUUGUCUGCGCAGAUUAGGAGUAACUACGAUUCCUGCGGCCAUCAUUCAACUGGGUGCCUGGGUCCUUGAUCAUUGUACGAGAAAUGAGUCAUGAGCAUUUUCAUACCUUCAUUAAAGUCCAAUUCGUAAAUGUUUAUCAAGAAGAAAGAUAGAGGCCUGAGGGCGCCGUUCCAGCUGCUCGGAUACUGUCAAAC